AUGUCAUUUGACAUUCAAAAAUAAAAAGAAACUCAAGACAAUAAAAUAACAAUGAUUAAUGAAAUGGUCUUUCUAAAUAUGACUAUUUAAUCACCUGUCAAAAUAACACCAUUAUUAAAAAAAUAAAAAACUAGAAAACAAUACAAAAGAGCUGCAACUAACAUUGAUGAUGAUGAUUUAUAUAAAGGACCAUUUGAAGACAGUAGAGUAACAAUAACGAUCUUUGAGAAAUAUAGAAUAGUUGAAUUAACUCGAUUCUGGUUUAUAAUUGCAUUUAUGAUGCUAAAGAUUUUAGAAGUAUAAAUGUUUUGAAUUAGUAUGAAUAUAGUUUUUCAACAUUCCUUACGAAGACAAUGGAAUAGGAAUUGAAUGUCCUUUUGUAUCUAAUAUUUUAUAUGUCAAUAAUAAUUAUUUUGCUUACAAUUAUAGCUUACCUAAUAGAACUUGAAUAUAGAAAAUGUUCUAAAAUUAUUUCCAAUAAAGCAUCACUUAUAUAAACUAACUUAAUAUGGGGAUUAUUAAGUGAAAUUAUAAUUAUAAUUACAACAUCAAAUCCUUUUACUAAAGGUGAUAAUGUUGAAUUUGAAUAAAGAGGAACUACAGAAUGUAGAUUUUAUAUGGUAAAUGAAAUUUUAACAUAUAUCACGUUUUUCAGGCUCUAUUUGCUUCUUAAUUUAGGUUUUAAAUUCUAGACUUAUUAUUCAAAUCGAAUAGGAAGAGUAUUGUAUAAAAUUGAUAAAAAUUUAUAUAGUCGUUUAAAUUAGACUCGUUUUGGAACUCAUCUGAUGUUGAAAUUAUGUAUACGUUAAUUUCCUUUUUAUACUUUGACUUGGUUGUUUAUUGUUGGGUUUAUACAAUACACUUAUUAAUUAGAGAUAUCAGAAGGACCACUCUUAAGAACUUUUGAUUCUUUAAAUAAUUAUGGCUUAACCAAAAGUUUCUGGGUUACUCUGAUAACAGUAGCAACAGUAGGUUAUGGAGAUUUCUUUCCUUAUGCUGAUUUAGGUAGAAUAGCCAUGACAUUGAGAUUAUUUUAUGGUGUUACCAUAACAUCAUUAUAUACAGCUAUUUUAUACAAUAUGUUUUAAGCAACAUCUGGAGAGUAUCAAUAUUGGGCUUUAUUGGAUAUAGCUAUAAUAACAAAGAAUAUAAAAAAAGCAAGUUCAAGAAUAUUUUUUUAUUUAAAUGAGUUAAGAAAAGGAAAGAAAUUAUAAAAAGUUCAAGUGUUGAAUAACAAUAAUAAUUUAGAGGAAACAUUAUUUAAUUUAUAAAGAUUUCUAUAAGAUGUAGGGAUGUUGAAAAUGUAUUAAAUUAUUUAAUGACUCAAUAGAAUGCAUAGAGAUAUUANAUAAUCUAUUGAUAGUUAAUAUUGAAGUAUUAUGAUCAUUGCAUUUAUAGAUUAAUAUCUUAUUUAAUUAAAAUGUCAUUUGACAUUCAAAAAUAAAAAAAAACUCAAGACAAUAAAAUAACAAUGGUUAAUGAAAUGGUCUUUCUAAAUAUGACUAUUUAAUCACCUGUCAAAAUAACACCAUUAUUAAAAAAAUAAAAAACUAGAAAACAAUACAAAAGAGCUGCAACUAUCAUUGAUGAUGAUGAUUUAUAUAAAGGACCAUUUGAAGACAGUAGAGUAACAAGAAUGAUCUUUGAGAAAUAUAGAAUAGUUGAAUUAACUCGAUUCUGGUUUAUAAUUGCAUGUAUGGUGCUAACGAUUUUAGAAGUAUAAAUGUUUUGAAUUAGUAUGAAUAUAGUUUUUCAACAUUCCUUACGAAGACAAUGGAAUAAGAAUUGAAUGUCCUUUUGUAUCUAAUAUUCUAUAUGUCAAUAAUAAUUAUUUUGCUUACAAUUAUAGCUUACCUAAUAGAACUUGAAUAUAGAAAAUGUUCUAAAAUUAUUUCCAAUAAAGCAUCACUUAUAUAAACUAACUUAAUAUGGGGAUUAUUAAGUGAAAUUAUAAUUAUAAUUCCAACAUCAAAUCCUUUUACUAAAGGUUAUUAUGUUGAAUUUGAAUAAAGAGGAACUACAGAAAGUAGAUUUUAUAUGGUAAAUGAAAUUUUAACAUAUAUCAUGUUUUUCAGGCUCUAUUUGCUUCUUAAUUUAGGUUUUAAAUUUUAGACUUAUUAUUCAAAUCGAAUAGGAAGAGUAUGGUAUAAAAUUGAUAAAAAUUUAUAUAGUCGUUUAUAUUAGACUCGUUUUGGAACUCAUCUGAUGUUGAAAUUAUGUAUACGUUAAUUCCCUUUUUAUACUUUGACUUGGUUAUUUAUUGUUGGGUUUAUACAAUACACUUAUUAAUUAGAGAUAUCAGAAAGACCACUCUUAAGAACUUUUGAUUCUUUAGAUAAUUAUGGCUUAACCAAAAGUUUAUGGGUUACUAUGAUAACAGUAGCAACAGUAGGUUAUGGAGAUUUCUUUCCUUAUACUGAUUUAGGUAGAAUAGCAAUGACAUUGGGAUUAUUUUAUGGUGUUACCAUAACAUCAUUAUUUACAGCUAUUUUAUACAAUAUGUUAUAAGCAACAUCUGGAGAGUAUCAAUCUUGGGCUUUAUUGGACAAAGCUAUAAUAACAAAGAAUAUAAAAAAAGCAAGUUCAAGAAUAUUUUUUUAUUUAAAUGAGUUAAGAAAAGGAAAGAAAUUAUAAAAAGUUCAAGUGAUGAAUAACAAUAAUAAUUUAGAGGAAACAUUAUUUAAUUUAGAAAGAUUUCUAUAAGAUGUAGGGAUGUUGAAAAGGUAUUAAAUUAUUUAUUUAUUCAAUAGAAUGCAUAGAGAUAUUGAUGGAGAAGAAUUCUAAGAAAUGAUUAAACGAAAAUUUGGGGAUGCUAAUUGUAAAUUCAAAGAGAUUAAAUAACAAAUAUAUAAAUUUAGUGAAUAAUAAAUUUUAAUUCAGACUCACCUAUCUAAACUAUUAUAAAAUUCUAUAUUGGAAAAAGAAUAGAAUUAAAUACAAUAGAUAUAAUUUUCAUCUAUUUCUCAAUAGAUUAGUAAGAAAAAAAUAAGUACAGAAGAGGAGAAACUUAGCAAAGAUGAUGAAUUUUUCAAUAAUUUAGAUGAUUCACAAAGAGAUUCAUGUUUAAUGAGUUUCCAUGAUUGA